AUGUCGUUGACGAACGCAUCCCCGUCGGAAGCUGCAAAGGCGGCGAAGGGAGCCUCGCACGUUCUUGCAACACUGUCGGCAUCGGCGAGAAAUGAUGCACUCACGGCGAUCCACUCCGGACUCGCUGCCGCCCGGGACGACAUCCUCGCCGCCAAUGCGUGCGACUUGGAGCUUGCGCGCAAGGCUGCAUCGACUGGUGACUUGAGUCAGAGCUUAGUGGCACGACUGGAUCUGGGCAAGAAGGGCAAGUGGGAGGACAUGCUGAAGGGCAUCUUGGAUGUGCGAGAGCUGGAAGAUCCAGUUGGCAAAGUCACAUUACGGACAAAACUAGACGAUGGCCUGGAGUUGGAGCGGGUGACAUGUCCGAUUGGUGUUCUAUUGAUCAUCUUCGAGGCACGGCCCGAGGUCAUCGCCAACAUCGCCUCGUUGGCCGUGAAAUCGGGCAACUCGGCCAUUCUGAAAGGAGGCAAGGAAUCCACGGAAUCUUUCAUUGCCAUAUCCAAGGUGAUUUCGGAGGCCUUGACCAAGACUCAGGUUCCCAACGGAGCAAUCCAACUGGUCACAACAAGGGAUGUGAUCCCCCAACUCCUGGAUCUGGACCGGUAUAUCGAUCUUGUCAUACCACGAGGAGGCAAUGAGUUGGUCCGAUAUAUCAAGUCUUCGACCAAGAUUCCCGUUCUUGGCCACGCCGACGGGCUGUGCUCCAUUUACCUGGAGCAGUCGGCCGAUCCAAAGAUGGCCGCCGAGGUUAUUGUCGAUUCCAAGACCAGCUACCCAGCUGCGUGCAACAGCUUAGAGACUUUGCUAAUCCAAGAAUCUGCGUUGCAAGCCCUGCUCCCGACCGCUGCCGAAGCGCUGAUAGCAAAAGGAGUCACACUGCGAUGUGACCCUAAGAGCAAAGUAGCUCUUGAGGCAAACCUGCCAGCUGACAUGGCCAAAAUGCUUGUAGAUGCGACCGAUGUUGAUUUCGACACCGAGUUUCUCUCCCUGGACCUAGCAAUCAAGACGAUCAGCGGCGUCGAGGAGGCCAUCUCGCACAUUAACACGCAUGGCUCCCACCACACCGACGUGGUCCUCAGCUCUUCUCAAGAUCUCGCAGAGCAAUUCAUGACGAGCGUUGACUCAGCCGGUGUCUACUGGAACGCUUCUACCCGCUUUGCCGACGGCAUGAGAUAUGGCUUCGGCACUGAAGUCGGCAUCAGCACGAACAAGAUUCACUCCCGCGGCCCGGUUGGUUUGGAGGGUUUGAUGAUUUACAAGUACAAGAUUCGGGGAUGUGGCCAGGUCACUGCUUCGUAUGGCGAGGGCGAGGAGGCGAGGAGUUACAAGCACGAGAGGCUUCUUUGA